AUGGAUGCGCUGGCUGCUGUGGCGGCCUCACAGCCUGGGCCGGUCCUGGAGGUUGGCUUUGGCCUGGGCUUGUCUGCGUCCGCCAUCGAUAACCUGGGUGUGGAGGGGCACGUGAUCCUUGAGGCCAAUGCAGAGGUCCUGGGUCGAGCGGAGCUGUGGGCGGAGACAGCGAAGUGCCCCACUGUUGUCCUGGGAGGCUUCUGGCAGGAUCUCGUGCCGAGCAUGGCCAGUGGCAGCUUCGGUGGCAUCCUCUUCGAUGCCUACCCGCUGUCCCCGGGGGAGGCUGCCGGAGAUGGAGAGGUCGGGGCCUUCUUCGUGGAAGCUGCUAGGCUCCUUCGUCCUGGUGGUGUCUUCACUUUCUACUUUGAUGCAGGGAGGAAUUGGAUAGAAUGCAUCCGGUCCUUCCGCACAGAGACGAUCCCGAAGCUGCGAGAUGCAGGCUUCACAGAUGUGGAGCACGACCAGGUUGCCUGUGUGCCGCGCCCUGGAUGUACGUAUUUCUGGAAGGACAGGUUCCUGGUGCCCAAGGCCACCCGCUGA